AUGGCUGAACUCCGUAACGUUCAAUACCAGGCGGGCGCCGGCGCCCGCACCUAUGACGCGAGCAUCGAUGAGGGCCUGCGGUCCUACAUGAUCCGCGUCUACAAUCUGAUGGCUCUGGCGAUGGGCAUCACCGCCCUUUUCGCCGCCGGCACCGUCAUGCUUGCGACCACGAACAAUCCGGCGGCCGCCGCUGCCUCGCUGCCGAACGGCACGAUGCUGACGGCGCUGGGUACGGUCAUCUACGGAUCGCCCCUGCGCUGGGUCAUCAUGCUGGCGCCGCUGGCGCUGGUGUUCUUCCUCAGCUUCCGUAUCGACCGGAUGCAGACAUCCACCGCACAGAUCACGUUCUGGAGCUUUGCGGCGCUGAUCGGCAUGUCGCUGUCGUCGAUCUUCCUGGUCUACACGUCGGCUUCGAUCGUGCAGACCUUCUUCAUCACGGCAACCGCCUUCGGUGCGCUGUCGCUCUACGGCUACACCACCAAGCGUGACCUGACCGGCAUGGGCUCUUUCCUGCUGAUGGGUCUGGUCGGCCUGAUCCUGGCGAUGAUCGUCAACAUCUUCCUGGGUUCGGGCGCGCUGCAGUUCGCGAUCUCGGUGAUCGGCGUUCUGAUCUUUGCCGGCCUGACCGCCUAUGACACGCAGAAGAUCAAGGAAAUGUACUAUGUCGGAGACGGUGCCGCCGUUGCCGAGAAGAAGGCCAUCAUGGGCGCGCUGGCGCUCUAUCUGGACUUCAUCAACAUGUUCCAGUUCCUGCUGAUGUUCCUGGGCAACCGCGAAUAA